UUAUUGUAUCGUCACUGCGGUACUCCGGGGAGAAUAAAUGGAUUCGUCUUCCCAUAAGGUGUUGCUGCUCCGGACUUGAUAAAGACUCAGGACUUCAAACUGUUCUGCUGGGCCGUGCAUUAGUGUAACGCAUUUGUAGUUCUUCACUUUAUUUUAUAACAGCCCAAUUUACCUUGAAAAAAGAGAACAUGGCUAGAAUGCUGAGCAAGGAUUUACCGGACAUUGAGAGUAUUCUGGCUUUGAAUCCUCGUGUAAAGAAUCAUGCCUCCCUGCGCUCAACAGCAACAACUAAAAAGGAGAAGAAACACUGGAAGAGAAACUCUGACAGGAACUGCUCAAGCUGCGAGAAGCUGGAGAACAAUUUUGAUGACAUCAAACACACGACCCUGAGCGAGCGUGGAGCACUUCGAGAAGCAAUGAGGUGCCUAAAGUGUGCAGAUGCUCCGUGUCAGAAAAGCUGUCCGACUAAUUUGGACAUUAAGGCAUUCAUCACAAGCAUUGCAAAUAAGAACUACUAUGGAGCUGCCAGAAUCAUUCUGUCUGACAACCCCCUUGGACUGACUUGCGGAAUGGUGUGUCCAACCUCAGACCUCUGUGUGGGUGGCUGCAAUUUAUAUGCGUCGGAGGAGGGACCAAUUAACAUUGGUGGACUGCAGCAAUUUGCUACAGAGGUGUUCAGUGCAAUGCAGAUUCCUCAGAUGAGGAAUCCCCAACUUCCUCCUCCAGAGGAAAUGCCUGAAAGCUUUCACUCAAAGAUUGCCCUGAUUGGCUGCGGUCCUGCCAGUGUCAGCUGUGCUUCCUUUUUGGCGCGUCUGGGCUAUGACAACAUCACUAUAUUUGAGAAGCAGAAAUUUGUGGGAGGGCUGAGCACAUCUGAAAUCCCUCAGUUCCGAUUGCCCUACAGUGUGGUAGACUUUGAAAUUAAACUGAUGAAGGACCUGGGCGUAAAGGUGGAAUGUGAGAAGGGCCUUGGGAGUGAUGGGAUGGCACUUCAUUCUUUAAGAGAAGAUGGAUAUAAAGCAGUUUUUAUUGGAAUAGGCUUGCCAGAGCCAAACAGACACAAAAUCUUUGAAGGGUUGACUACAGAACAAGGAUUUUAUACCUCAAAGGACUUUUUACCACUGGUUUCCAGGGCCAGUAAAGCAGGGAUGUGUGGUUGCCGCUCCAAGCUGCCAGUGGUGCACGGCACAGUUCUAGUCCUGGGUGCUGGCGACACCGCUUUCGACUGCGCCACCUCUGCCCUGCGCUGUGGAGCCCGCCGUGUCUUUGUGAUCUUCAGGAAAGGAUUCACAAACAUUAGAGCUGUCCCAGAAGAGAUGGAACUUGCCAAAGAAGAGAAAUGUGAGUUCCUGCCUUUCCUGUCUCCCAGGAAAGUUAUUUCGAAGGCUGGCCGCAUAGCCAGUAUGGAGUUCUGUCGAACAGAACAAGAUGAACAUGGAGACUGGAUUGAGGACGAGGAUCAGAUUGUUCGCUUGAAGGCAGAUUUCAUCAUUAGUGCCUUUGGAUCAGUGUUAAGUGACCCAGUAGUGAAAGAGGCCAUGACUCCCAUUAAGUUUAACAGAUGGGGUCUCCCUGAGCUGGAUCCAGAGACUAUGCAGACCAGCGAGCCGUGGGUAUUUGCUGGUGGAGACAUUGCAGGGUUGGCUAAUACUACUGUUGAGUCAGUGAACGAUGGAAAGCAGGCCUCCUGGCACAUUCACAAAUACAUACAGUCUCUGCAUGGCUUUGCUGUUGCACCCGAACCACAGCUACCAGUGUUUUACUCUCCGAUUGACCUGGUGGACAUCAGCGUAGAGAUGGCAGGACUCAAGUUUCCAAAUCCCUUUGGCCUAGCCAGCGCUCCUCCAACAACCAGCACUGCCAUGAUACGACGGGCUUUUGAGGAGGGCUGGGGCUUUGCUCUCACAAAGACGUUUUCUCUCAACAAGGAUAUCGUCACCAACGUUUCUCCAAGGAUUGUACGUGGAACUACUUCAGGCCCAAUCUUCGGCCCUGCGCAAAGCUCUUUUCUGAAUAUUGAGCUCAUUAGUGAGAAGACUGCAGCGUACUGGUGUCAAAGUGUGAUUGAACUGAAGAGAGACUUCCCAGAUAAUAUUCUUAUUUCCAGUAUCAUGUGUAGUUAUAACAAGGACGAUUGGACAGAGCUCUCAAAAAUGGCAGAGGCUUCUGGAGCGGAUGCCCUGGAGUUAAACCUAUCCUGUCCACAUGGCAUGGGAGAGAGAGGCAUGGGCUUGGCCUGCGGGCAGGAUCCAGAGCUGGUGCGAAACAUCUGUCGCUGGGUACGACAAGCUGUUAAGAUUCCUUUCUUUGCCAAGCUGACCCCUAAUGUCACCAACAUAGUGGAUAUUGCAACGGCUGCCCAAGAAGGUGGUGCAGAUGGCGUUACAGCAACCAACACUGUCUCUGGGCUGAUGGGACUGAGAGCAGACGGCACACCCUGGCCUGCCGUUGGCGUAGGAAGGCGGACCACAUAUGGUGGAGUGUCUGGGAAUGCCAUCAGACCCAUAGCACUGCGAGCUGUCUCUGCCAUUGCCAGGGCUUUACCAGGAUUUCCUAUUUUAGCUACUGGUGGGAUUGAUUCGGCUGAGUCCGGCCUGCAGUUUCUACAUGCUGGUGCUUCUGUUCUGCAGGUGUGCAGCGCUGUUCAGAACCAGGACUUCACACUGAUCCAGGAUUACUGUACAGGACUAAAAGCCCUGCUCUACCUGCAGAGCCUGGAGCAGCUCCAGGACUGGGAUGGACAGAGCCCACCCACCCCGUGCCACCAGCGUGGAAAACCCUUGCCCAAGAUAGGAGACCUUGUGGGAAAGAAGUUGCCCAGUUUUGGCCCGUACCUUGAGGAAAGAAAGAAGAUUUUAGCCGAGUAUAAACUGAAAUUAAAGAGUACCAAUGACUCCAUUGUGAUUGAGCCUAAUGAAGAAAAAACAUAUAUGGCAAAAAAGCCCAUUCCCACUGUUCAGGAUGUGAUUGCCAGAGCUCUGAAACACAUUGGGGCAUAUGGACUGCUGGACAACAGGGAGCAAGUGGUGGCCUUGAUUGACGAGGAGAUGUGCAUUAACUGUGGCAAAUGUUACAUGACCUGUAAUGACUCUGGCUACCAGGCUAUUAAGUUUGACCCUGAAACCCACCUGCCUACGGUUACUGACAGCUGCACAGGGUGCAACUUGUGCCUCAGUGUGUGCCCCAUAAUCGACUGCAUCACAAUGGUUACCAGGACAACGCUUUAUGAGCCAAAGAGAGGUGUGCCUCUUGCUGUUGAGCCGUUGUGCUGAAGAAGCCCAGGUUCACCCAUUGAGGAAGGACCUAACAUGCACAGCAUUGAUUAGUGUUAUAAUUGUUGUGUGAAAAAUUACCUUUAUUAUAAAAAAUGAAUAAUUAGUCAGACAAAUUGCCUUAUAUUCCCAAGCCAAUUAUGUAGAAAUAAUUGUGUGAGCACAAGUAGUUUUAAACAAUAGCACAAAGGCAAGGCUAUGAUAUUGAAACAAGAGGGAUGAAGCUCGUACCUUAACCAAUAUAACAUUUCCAAAUAAUGGAAGUGCUGGCAGUUUCUCUGUGCUGUUCAGCAUUAAAAAAACAAAACAAAAAAAAACACUUGCAAUGCAGCUUUUGUAAUCAAAGAUUUUAAUAAAGCAAGUUCUUUACUA